AUUAUUUGGGGCUAAGGCAAGGGCUUAACUUGCCUUGCCCUAGAGCCGCCGUUGCCCAGUGCUCUGUUUCACAGUUAAAAACUCAGUAAGCUCAACAAAGAGAGAAAAUGAGAAUGCACAAACUGAAAGUUUUACUAUCACUGACUCAACCAUUGCGGAGACAUGAUUCCCGAUUCCUCUCUAAUCACCAUUGUAGACACUUCUCUGCUCAACCCAGCCACGCCCAAGUGGAUUAUCUUCAAGAACAGGUUUUGGUUGAAGGAAGGGCUAAAUCAAGAGCAGCUAUUCUCAAUAGACCAUCUGCACUUAAUGCUAUUACUCCUUCUAUGGCUGCUCGUUUAAGUAGAUUGUAUGAGUCUUGGGAGGAAAACUCAGAUAUUGGAUUUGUCAUGAUGAAGGGGAAUGGCAGAGCAUUUUGCUCUGGAGCAGACGUCGUCACUCUUUAUGAGUUGAUUAAUGAAGGGAAGGUUGAGGAGUGCAAGAAGUUCUUCGAAACAUUAUAUAAAUUUGUUUACUUGUUAGGAACAUAUCUCAAGCCAAAUGUGGCAAUUUUGGAUGGUGUCACAAUGGGAAGUGGGGCAGGUAUUUCGCUUCCAGGAAUGUUUCGCGUUGUAACUGAUAGAACUGUUUAUUCUACUCCUGAGGCUCAAAUUGGUUUUCAUCCUGAUGCAGGGGCUUCUUAUUAUCUAUCUCGUCUUCCUGGCUACUUAGGGGAGUAUUUGGCUUUAACAGGAGAAAAGCUUAAUGGUGUAGAAAUGAUUGCUUGUGGUCUUGCUACCCACUAUUCACUCAAAGAAAGGCUUCCUUGGAUGGAAGAACGUCUCGGUAAAUUGAUCACAGAUGAUCGUCUUGUCAUUGAAAAUUCUCUAGCCCAGUAUGGUGACCUUGUUUACCCAGAUAGCAAGAGUGUUCUGCACAAAUUUGAGAAAAUCGAUAAAUGCUUUAGCCAGGAUACAGUUGAGGAAAUUAUAGAAGGUCUGGAAAGAGAGGCGGCAGAAUCUCAUGAUGAAUGGUGUAAUGCAGCUCUUAAUAAAAUGAAAGAAGCCUCCCCAUUGAGUUUGAAAGUGGCUUUGAAAUCAAUUAGAGAAGGCAGAUUUCAACCCCUUGAUCAGUGUCUAGUUCGUGAAUAUCGCAUAUCCGUUAAUUGGGUGUCCAAACGGAUGUCCGGUGAUUUCUGUGAGGGUGUUCGUGCUAGAUUGGUUGACAAGGACUUUGCUCCAAAGUGGGGUCCCACGCGGCUGGAAGAAGUUACCAUCGACAUGGUUGACUGCUUCUUCACCCCAUUAGGUGAAUUAGAACCCGAACUGAAUUUGGCCACUGCACUACGAGAGCCUUCUAUGUGAUCGAUAUCCUGCUUUGCUCUACAUAUGGGAAGUUUUAUGUUCCCGGGUUCAUUAUAAUACAAGGGACUGACUGGAAAAUCAGGACUGCUAAAGACAUUCCUAUCAAGAUGUUGGAUAUAUUUCGGUUCCCUUGGAGCAUAGGUAAAAUAAAUUACCAUGGUACCUUCAGAUUUUUUUGCAUAUCCUGUUUGACCCAUGGAUAAGUGUAAACGAUAAUUUUGCGCGAGUAAUACUACUAGCAAGAGUUAUAGUUGAACCCUGAGUCACCUUGUGUUGUUGCAAUCUGACUUGUGUUGUUGCAAGAGUAGUGGUGCUAGCGUUGUUCUUUAUGUUGUUAUUACAUGGUGUGUGAUCUUUUAUUGUUUGAGUAAGAGUUAGCUCGUCUGUUGAGCCGAGGUA